AGGAGGCGCCGUCUCCCGCGAGGAUGGCGGUGCUGCGGCCCUUCGACAAACUCCCGCAGCUCAACUCCGGCGUCCUCCUGCUCGUGGGCUCGGACGAGGCGCUGCAGCGGCAGCUGGCGGAGGCGAUCCUGGAGGAGAAGAAGGACUUCAACAUCAGCAUUCACCUUGCUACAUCCCUCCCCUUACCUUCAGAGAGGGAUCAUCUUCGACCCAGGAUAGAUCUGGUUGUGUUUAUGAUCGACAUCAAGAGCAAGUACAGCUUGAAGAAUGUUGAAACUUCCCUGGCUUAUGUGGAUGCCAGCUUCUUCCUGGGGAAAGUGUGCUUUCUUGUCACUGGGGUUGGCAGGGUGAAUGCUUGCAGCAUUGAGAUGAAUGCUGUCUGUAAAUUAGGAGAAACCUACUGCAGCCCUGUGCUAUUCUGUGAGCUGGAGUUGGAAGGCGUUCGAGCUGCUACUGCUCAACGGCUUGUGCGGAUAUUAAAGAUCUGUGCUGGUCUUGUACCGGGAGUUUCUGCCUUGUCCUUUGUCUCGCUGAUGAGGAAGUCUGAUGAUGAUUAGCUUCUCAUUGUGAUACUUCACACACAUUCAUCAGGUUUUUUUUCACGUCAGGCAUUCAAGCUGCUGCAGUUGGAAUCACAUUGGGAAGCUUUUUUUGAGUGACUUGUCAUGACCACUCAUCCAGAACUGUUCCUAGUUGCUCACCUCUCAAUAAAAGUUUGAUUCCUAUUCCAUGGAUAACAGAUAGGGAGGACAGUUUGAAUUGGGGAUUCCGAUCCAUUAUUACAUCUGAAUCCCAUUUCAUGAUCAAGUUUGAGUUUUUUCCACUUGGCCAGUGGCCAGGAGCUACAUGUUUUUCUGAGAGAAUAUUAGAAGAACAGGCUGCUGUCUCCAAAGUACCAGAGAAGAGGCAGCAGGCUCCUUCUUUCAAUUGAAAUGCAGCACCUUAGUCUAAUGUGAAAUCUUGCUGCCAGGUUUUGUCUGUCCACCAAGAGAAGAAUGGGGAAGGAAGGCUGGCCUGCAGCUUCUAGACAGACUGCACUUGCCAGUUAAUGAUCCAGCUGUGUGAGCAUCUGCCCAGCAAAGGACUCACUAUUUCCAUGUCUGGUCCCUAAUUGGGAAGGAAGGGACUAAAGAUAAACCAUCUAGCACUUUAGCUUUCUUUUAGAUCCUCAAAGAAAAAGACUCCACCUGUCAAGCCCAAAGAGAGCCCCAGUAGUGCAGCCUCUGGGGCUGACCAGAGGUGAAACCCAGCAGCCAGGACCACAGCAGCACACAGAAAACAGGUUGUCUCAGCUGGUUUGGCAUAUGCUGUGUAUAAUCCCUUUACUAACAGGUUCUGACCAGCUGUAAGUUGUGCCUUGUGCUUACUGCAAGUCACUGAGAUUUGAGAGUUCUAAUUUAAUAAAGUAAGUGAUAUGUAAUAGUUGUAUGCUCUUUAUUAGCCAUGUGGCAUGGGCUCUAAACCCUGCAAAUGCUUGCCCUGGCAGGCUGGUCCUUUCUGGUAACUCCAACUCCCAUUUAGUUGUCUUGCUGCACUCGUGGCUUCAACCAUGUGGUGGUGGCAAAAGCUUUUCAAAUACAGCCCUUUCUGUUCAUUGAGUUGAGCCACCUGCCAGAAUACAGUGCUUUUGGAGACGCUGGGAUAUUUCUUACCCAGAAAUGAAGCCUAGAGAGAAUGUGUUAAGCUCCCUUCUGCUUUAAUUUAUUUAAUCCCUAAUAGUCUGCUUUAAUGUUCCUAGGUGCAGAGCUCUAGCUGUGUGCACUGUUUCGGUUAGCUUGUUUCUGACAUCUGUCUAUGAGCAGGAAAAGCAGAAAGCAGCACUGCAGGCUUAAUCAGCUGUGAGUGUUGGCAGUCCUUGCAAAGACAGCUCAGCAAGGCACAAAGCUUGUAUCCUUGCUCAGAGGACACACAAAUCCCAGCUCCAGUUGUAUUGUUGCUCAUGGGGGAGGGCUAGGGUGUUUGUCAGCUGAAACAAAAGGAGCUAAACCAUUCAGCUGUGUUAUGAUGCCCAAAAGGGCUGGACUCUGGCUAAAACCCAAAGGAGAAAGACAUGUGCAAACUGUCGUAGCUGUGUAAGAAGGAUUGGAAGCUUAAUGGGCAUGCCCUACUUUCAGCUAGCUUUGCCAUCCUGAAGGUACUAACCAGGACUUGGCCACCAGAGAGGGGAAAAUCAUGCUGAGAAACAAGUUUCUGUGUUGGUUAUGCUGUCUCAGCCCUGCUCUUGCUUUGAGUCCCUCAAAAUAAAGGAGACCAUGGCUUAGAAUAGGCUGGUUUCGAUUUGCUCUCGAUGUGCAGGUGCAGUCUGUGGGAGGAAAGGAAGGGAAGUGGCAUAAAAUGAGCCACUCUUUUGUGUCCUCUGCAACUCCUAUAAGGCAAGGAGGCUUUUCCAUAUCCUAGGUUGCUCUCCAAUUCAGUCUAAUAACAGAUGGACUCAGGUUAAAUCCCUUUGGCCUCAAGAGUAAUUUCACUGUGCUUUUUUUAACUAGUGAAAAUGAAACUUUUUUUGGUCCACCCAGAAUGCUUUGGAGUAAUGCACAUGUGCUACUGUCCACUCCUGCACCUUCAAGCAGGGCUUUUUUUCCAUUGUUAUGUUUCAGAUGUGGUAUUUCUUUCCUUCUACUACUUUCAAAGAAGAAAGAUGCUGGUUUUGCUUCCUACAGGUGGCUGAAUCUCAACUGGUACAAAAUAAAAUCUAGUUCCUUAAGAGCAGCAUCUUGCUUCACCUUGGGGCAAAUAUUUUUCUUACUCUUAGGAGAAAGUAUUUACUAGAACUGGCAGGGGAAGUGGAGCGUAUCUAAGAAUAUGACACUGUGUCUCAGGUCCAUCAUGUUUUACAACCCAAAGUAGUUGGGACACAUCUAAAGCUACAUCUUCAACUAAGUAAAUACCUCUAGGAGCUGUCAGCUAUUAGUUUAGACAGGCCAUAACACUGCCCUUACUACCAGAGGAGACAAGGCAAUUGAGGAUAUCUUUCAUCUGGAUGGAGUAGCCAGGGCUAAUGUUUGAUAAAGGUCUUGUGAAAACUGGGAUCAGAGGCGUGGAAGGCCUGAAGCUGAGUUAAGGCUAGUUACUCAGGUUCUGUUGUGUUCAAACCUCCUGAAAGAGCUUGCCAAGCUGACUGAAAUCUAAACUAACAGAAACAUUUUGAAGUUACUUGCUUUCUCUUCUCUCUUGCUUCAGUUCCCUAUCCCUGUGGAGAUUUUCAAAGAGGAAUCCCCCUCUCUGUGGUGAAAGUGCCUGUGAGCUUUGCUGGUCUGACUGUUUCAGUUUGUGGAUGUGUCUCUGUUUGUCAGUUAAGUCAGCAAAAUCAGAA